CUUCACGACCCGUCACGUAUUUUCGAUGCGGAAGUGAUGGUUGUGACUGACACUAAAACAGCAAUUAUGAAUUAUUAAACCCGCAACACUGCCAACAGUGGCCGUAUGUACAUGUCGUGAAGAUGGGGAACUGCUGGGUCCUGUGUGCUGGGCUCAUCCGACGCGGAACCGGCAGGAUCCAGAAAGGAGGCGGGUCGAAGUAUUUCAGGAGCAGAAAUGCAGGGGGACAUUACACCAUUGAGUUUGAGAACCUCGUGGAGAGCGAUGAGGAGGAAAUCCCACAAAACUGUCCCAGAGCGAUCAGCGAGGAGGAGUUGGGACACCUGAGGGCGCAGCAGUACACAGCCAUCAGCGAUAAACAGACCCUGAUUGAUGAGCGCCUGCAGGCUGAGCUAGCAGAGCAAGAGGAAAAGCUGAGGCUGGAAGAAGAGGCUCAGUGCGCAGCCCAGCGUGAGGCAGCAAGGCUCGCGCGUGCCAGACGGCAGCAGGAGCAGCAGGAACAAAGGGAGAAAAUCGACACAGACAUCAGUAGCCAGAGGGGUCAUCAGAAUGCGAUGAUGAUGGAGAGCAACCCCGGGGCUCAGCUGCAGAGCAUGAAGGGUCAGGAGGAAGUGAUGAGGAGCAGAAGGCUGCCCUCAGACAUGGCCACUGUCAUGCCCAAAGUGAAGAACAACAGUGAGUUCACCAGCCAGACCUCCUCCACUAAUAACGAAGACCUGGACCUGGAGUGGGACAGUGAGGAUGGCUUAAGCCGAGCUCUGCCAGACCAGGACAAUUCUGGAACUGAGGACACGCAACAAGCUCUGGUGGUCCAGCCAGGGGAUCAUUUGGAUGGCAGACCAGCUUCCACCGCCCUUGAGUGGGAGAAUGACUUCGUGAGCGCCCAUGGCGAGGACUCCGCCGACUCGGAGUACGAUGGCUUUGUGAAUCCCGUCCUGGACUCCACUUCCUCCGAGCCCUCAAGCAGGUCCACCACUGACCAGCAGGACAGAUAGUACCACGAUGACCAAAUGCUAACUAAUUAAUGAGUCAAAUGUUCUUCCAGCUGGUGCACUUCUAGUACCAGUGCAAACUACAGUGUAAGUAAAAUGUUUGAGUUCACAUGCUGGAAAUCAAACUUUCUUGGGCCAGAACAUACAAACAGGAAAUUUGAAAAUUAGUCAGUUUUAUAGACUGAGUCAAAAUGUGAAAUAUGAAUCCACCUGCCAAGUGCUUGUACAAAAAAGAAGGUGAGCACAUGAGUUAUACCUAUGUGGUUCUCACUGUUCAGCAUGGCGGUGGGAGUGUGAUGGUGUGGGGUUGCUUUGCUGGUCAUGCAGUUGAUCUUUAAAAGGUCCAAGGCAAUCUCAACCAGCAUAGACAUCAUAGCAUACUUCAGAAGCAGGCCAUUCCAUGGGGGUUAUAGCUAGUUGGACAGUCAUUCUACAAAGAAGUAAACUCCUCUAAGCAAUUUGGUUUACUUUGUCUGGACAAAAUCCCCCCCCCAAGUGUACUCAAACAUUUGACUGGUCCUGUACAGCUGAAUGAAAUCCUUUGCACAGCUAAUAAGAUACAGCACUGCACCUUCAAGCUAUUGCUUCACCUUUUGACAGACUGCUGACUCAAUCUGCUGUUUGCACAGUGUAUUUCCUGUCAGCAUGUUGGCCAAGGGUUCAGCUGCAUGUGCUCAACUGUAGUUUGCGUGACUUUCAACCUCUUAUUUCAGCACCUGGCAGCACAAAGCCAUGAUGAUCAGUUUUUUUUUUUUUUUUCUUUUUCAUCCUCUCAAGUUUAGUUUUUCUUAUCCUUUAACAUCUCUUCCUGUCCUCUUUCAGACAUUGUUUUAUUUAGCCUGUACUGUAUUCAAAUGAAUAAACCAGAAGCCUAUCUGUAAGCAUGUUUAAGUUAAGGUCCUGUUACUUUUAUAUUAUUAAUUAUUAAAACAUGGGGGCAGCAGGUUGAGUAUUGGUUAGAGCUACUGCCUUUCAAGUUUGGUGCAAUUUACCUUACUGUACAACUGGGUGAAUCAUUUUAAGUAGUUUAGUGUACAAACCUAGCAGUUCCUUUGGAGAAACAUGUCCGA